GAUUUUGAGCUGCUGUUCGUUCGUUCAUCUGUUUUCAUUGACGUCAACCAGAGACAUUUUAGAGUGGACUGUGGAGUGUACAUUCGACAUGUUUUUGAAGUCACUAAGCCGUGUCAAUUGGGCCAGUUCCCUACGUGGCGUGUCCACCACUGCGGCUCGUGCGGGUGGAGGUGGGCCAGGCAAUUUCAUUCAUCGCGACACGCCCCAGAACAAUGAAGAGACGCCAUUCACGUUUAACGACGAGAACAAAUCGCGGGUGGAGGCCAUCAUGUCUAUCUAUCCGGAAGGCCACAAGCGAGCGGCCGUGAUUCCCUUGCUAGAUUUGGCUCAGCGGCAAAAUAACGGAUGGCUGCCCAUUGCGGCCAUGCAUCACGUUGCCGAGGUCAUUGGAAUGCCUCGCAUGCGAGUCUACGAGGUGGCCACUUUCUACACCAUGUUCAAUAGGAAUCCUGUGGGCAAAUAUCACGUUCAGGUGUGCACCACCACGCCCUGUUGGUUGCGUGGAUCCGACGAGAUCGUGGCAAAGUGCAAAGAAAACAUGGGGGUCAAUGUGGGCGGGACGAGCAAGGAUAACAUGUUCACUUUGUCCGAGGUCGAAUGCUUGGGUGCUUGUGUCAAUGCUCCAAUGGUCCAGAUUAAUGACAAUUAUUAUGAAGACCUGACCGAGAAGGACAUGGACGAGAUUUUGAAUGAUCUGAAGCAAGGCAAAAACCCACCCAAGGGUCCAAGAAGUGGUCGAUAUGCGGCGGAACCAUUUGGAAAGCUCACUUCUCUCUCGGAAGAGCCCAAAGGACCCGGAUUUGGGUGCAGAGCUGACUUGUAAAUACAUAUAUAUGUAUAAUCGGUCCAUAUAAUUAAUAUCCAUACCGUUCAUCCAGAUCCAAUAAACUUAUCAGCUGAACGUUCA